AUGAAAUUCUCAAAAAUACUCGGAGGCCUUCUCUCUCUUGCAAGUGCUGCUCUUGCAGUUCCUACGCCCUCCGGUGGGAUUGGUACCAAUGGAAGCAUACCUUAUUAUCACCCGCUGAGUGAUUUCGACUUCCAAUCUAUUAACUUGGCUCUUAACCAGGAGUGGAUUGAGCUCGACCUGUUUCACUAUGGUCUUGCACGAUUCUCAGUGGAAGAGUUUGAAGCUGCCGGGUUGAACGCUGAAGACCGGUACCUCAUCCAAUUCAUGGCUGAGCAAGAAAAGGGGCAUGCAGAACUUCUCACCAACAUUCUUGGGGCCAAUGCAGCGAAGCAGUGUACUUAUCAGUAUCCGUUCAAUACCGUACGCGAGUACGUCGACUUCUGUCAGAAACUCACGCGCUUCGGUGAAUCUGGUGUGUAUGGUUUCCUGGAGCAUUUGAACUCGCGCGAUGCGGCGCAGUUGUUGCUGCAAUCUAUCACAACGGAGGCGAGGCAGCAAAUGAUUUUCAGACAGUUUGAGGGGUUGUUCCCCAUGCCUGUGUGGUUUGAGACAGGGAUUUCGCAGUCAAUGGCGUGGACACUGCUCGCACCCUACAUUGUCAGCUGCCCUGCUGAAAACCCGCGCAUCGAGUGGACAAACUUCCCUGCCCUGAACAUCAGCAAUAACCCUGAUGCUACUCCUCUGUAUAACACGUCUAUUAUUGGCAAUGACACCACCCCUGCUAUCACCCAUAAUCGCAGCGAUCCCCUCUCCUAUCCUGGGCGAGAAGUUUUCUUGACUUGGGAUGCUCCCGGUCAAAAUGUCAGCUACAACAACAGUUACGUGACGAACACAACAGCAGGUUCUCCAGCGUUUGUCGCCUGGAUUUCCCAGCUCAACGUCACUUACUCGGAGCUCGUCAAUAUCAACGGAAGUAGCGGACAGACCUACCAGCCCGGAGGCAACGUGUUUGGCAACGAUACGGCGCCUAUCAUCAACGGCACUAUGUUUAUCGCCGUCACCGACGCUAAUGUUACCAUCACCCCCUCCAACAUGUCGAUGCUGAAUGACCAUAUUGUCGCGGGCCCUGCUUUGUACCAAUCUGGCUAG